CUAAAACACUCAUCCAAAGCAUCUAAAUAAAUAUUUUGACCAGACAUUAUAGUUUCAACUUAUUACUAUAAUACUCAUUAACUUCACUUUAUGGUUCUCUUUUUUUUAGAUCCAGUGACUAAUGUAUCGAUCACGGGUCCGAACAUCACUCUUGUGGAGGGUAAAACCUCAGCUAAAUUCAGCUGUGAUGGAAAAGGUAGCAUCACUACUACUGAGUGGUUGAAGGAUGGUCAACGUCUAUCUGAAAGCGACCGCAUCAUCUUCUCAGCUGAUAACAGAUCAGUGUUGAUCAAUCCAGUGAGCAGAUCAGACAGUGGGGAAUACAUUUGCAACCUCAGCAAUCCGAUCAUAUAUGAUCAGGCUAAUUACAGCAUUACUGUAUUCUAUGGGCCUGAUGUGAAGAUACUUGGUGCAGAGAUAUUGGAUGAAGGCUCAGACAUCCUUUUGUACUGCUUAGUGUCGUCUGCACCUCCAGCUUCUCUCAUAUGGACAGUAAAUUAUAAGGAUGCUGGAACCUCAGCUUUAUACAUGCAAGAGAACAGCAGAUUGAGCCACAGUGGAAUCUAUACCUGCUCAGCCUCAAACAACAUCACUGGAGAAAUAAGAUCUGCAAAACACACCCUCACAGUACGAGGUACCUCUGUGCUGACUCCUGGAGAAAUAGCAGGCAUCGUAGUGGGAGUUAUAUUACUAGUGCUGUUGGCAGUUAGUAUGUUUUUCAACUUUCGAAACUUCAAAGGCUUCAGAGGAAAUGCACAAAUACAUAAUGAGGAUAAUAUGAAGAAUCAGGACAGACAGAUUCCCAAAAUACCCAAAGUGGAGGAGACUCCUAUGGAAAUAAUUGCCUUUAAAAAUCCAACUACAUAUCAAAACACAGAUGACAUUUACAUGUGUGAGGAUAAUGGUUGGGGCUUGCAGAUGUCAAUUGGUUUUGGUGAACAAGAGAGCCAGAGCCAGACAUCAAUAGAGGUCCCCCCAAAUUUUUGAGAAUCCAUGUACAGAAAUGACUCAGUGGUGAUACAAAAGAUUCAGCUGGCCUGUGAUUGGGUGGUGGGCAAACAACCAACAGCCCUUUGCUGGGAGAAUUUCAGCUGCCAAUGACCUUAGUAAUAAAAAAUGAUGCUGCCUUGUUGGCAAUCAUGAUGUGGGAUCGUUUUUUUAACAUCAUGCCUUACAUAGGUGAAAUGGAUGAAGACGGGUUCCCUUUCUCUUUAGUUCCAAAAGACUAGAGAGAGCAAGAAAAGAAAUCUGUAAAAACAAAGACAUUCACAUUCUUCUGUAAAUCGCCAUUGCCCGAUCACUAGCAGAUUCAGGGAGAGCCCAGGAACUGAACUCAGCUUCACCACUACACUUAUGCUUCAUCCAACUAUGUUGUAUUAUAUACAAUAAUCUGUAUUUCAUGUUACUGUGUAUAUUGUAAUCCUGUCUCCUGUCUAUACUCUAUCUGUAGUGUAAUACUGUGUAUGGUAUUUACUAUUUUCUGUUUGGUAUAUUUAUUGUUUUAAAUUUUGUCACACUCAACUGCUUUACUGCUACGGUUUAUAAAAAAUGAUUUUCACUCGUUGUAUACCUGGUUCAAAGAUGUGACUAUAAACAUGAUUUGAUUUGGUCUUAUGAUAUGAACACAUGUUAAUUGUUUGAAGGUAUGUAUGUUUGCUGCACAUUUUGCUAAUCAAGG